AAUCAAUAACUAAACUUCUUGUGUGUCAUAAACAAUUAGUUAUUCUAUCCUGUACAGAAAACCCUAGCAAAACCCCCAAUACAUCAAUUUUCCAUGUACCUUUUUUAUAGGAUGAUAAAACAAUGCAGACAUAAAACAUUUGUCUGGACCAUCAAACCGACAGACAAAUGGCGAGAAUUCCAGCGUUUCUAUGAGUUAACACCAAAUCAUGACAAUGCAACAACGAAAGGAUUGUCAAUUUAAAUCAGAGUGUGGGCGAUGCUACCACAACAAAAUGUCGACAAGUGAUGUUAGCCUUCCAGUUUUGGAUGAAAACGAGAAGAAAAUUGUGAACGAAUUUUGCCACCUACUAGAAAAAUCAAAGCAAUUGUUCAACGGACUAAGGGACCUUCCUCAGUAUGGACACAAACAAUGGCAGUCAUAUUUUGGUAGAACAUUUGAUGUUUACACAAAGCUCUGGAAAUUUCAACAGCAACACAGACAAAUCUUGGAUUCCAAAUAUGGCUUAAAAAGAUGGCAGAUAGGGGAGGUAGCCUCAAAAAUUGGACAACUUUAUUAUCAUUAUUAUUUGAGAACCAGUGAAACCAACUACUUGAAUGAAUCCUUCAACUUUUACUCAGCAAUACGACAGAGGGGAUAUUACUCCCGGGCCAGCAAAGAGGAGAGACCAGAUCUGAUGGUGAAGAAGCUGAGGUUUUAUGCCAGAUUUAUAUUAGUUUGUUUAUUGCUGAAGAAGAUGAAGCUUGUUAAGGACCUUGAGAGAGACCUUGGCAAACAAAUAGAUGACUACACAUCUACUUACCAACCAGAGGACCAAAGUGAAUGGAAAACCGUGCUGUCAGAAAUAAGAGAGUUCGAGGACGCUCACUGCACAGUGCGAGUUUUGGACCACGAUGGUACCCCAAUUGUUCUGUCUCACAGGCUGACCCCAUUAAAUACUCCCCCUUUAGAGAAGGGAACUCCAGCUAUACUCAGAUUACAAGAAAUCCUGAUCGUAGGAAACUCCUCAGAACAGGUACUGAAAUACAGUGAACUGACCCUGGACAUGUUUAGGAUGUUACAGACACUAGAGAGGGAACCACAAGAAGACUUAUCCAAUCAAAUCUAUGAUGCUUCCCCGGCCCCAGGCAGACCACCGUAUUUAUUGCCUUCGUAUAUGAAAAAAGAGGAAAAUGGAGACAGAAACAAUCGACGUGAAAACCCCCACAAGUAUCUUCUUUAUAAACCUACAUACAGCCAACUGAACACGUUCCUAGCCUCCGGGUUUAAGGAGCUUCCACCCACCGGAAUUAUACUUCUCUACAUCUCAGCUGACGGUAGCCCUAGCAGCAUGAAGCAUGGAGACGAUCCUGCCUAUGACCUGGGUGGUGUGGUGACAAAUGCCAGGAGGGAAGGAGAGGAGAUUAUUCGAACCAAAAAAUUAGGACAUCUCAAAGAAGUUCAUUGCCUGCACCCUGGGGAUCUAUACCCGUACACGAGAAAGCCUUUAUUUGUCAUCGUGGAUAGUGACAACAGCUCCUCAUUUCAAAAUAUUCCAAAUUUGUUUGGACAACCUGUGGUCUGUUUACUGUCUCCAGAGAGGGCACCUCCAACCAUGCAAGACAAACACAGAAGAGGAAAUCUGUUUACCAUGUUUCUACACGACCCCUUAAUGGCGUUCUGCUAUGUCUGCAAUAUUUAUGAAGUUCCUGUUGACCUUUGGGACAAGUGCACAGGGAUCAUAGACAAGUUCAUGAGUGAAGCUUCCAAACUCUUCUCCAGGUCAAAAAAGCUAGACAACAUGUACAUCCAAUUUAUCGGAGACGACUUCCUGAGAUUGCUGAUGUUACGAUUUGUCUUCUGCUACAUUGUGCUGAUUCUUCAUAGAGGUUUCAAGGGACCAAAUUUCUACCCCACCUGUUCCCCACUACUGCCUACUGAUGAAAUCCUGGAGCAUCCCGUUUUGUACAAAGUAGUUUUAGACUUAUCCACCCUAGUGGACAAUAGGACUCUGUUUGCGGAACCCGGGGAAGGAGACUUGCAUGGGGCCACAUAACCCCCCACAGACUCUUAGGAAUCUAAAUCAUUCUGCUCAGAGAGUUCUCAAAAUGUGUGUACUUUUCCUAUGUGUACUUCUAGGUGUUUAUAUCUACGAAGAAUCUAUCACGAGAAUACCUGCAGAAACCAUUAUGGGAGCAAAGUGAACACAUAUAACAUAAGAUUAUGUAUACUUAUCACAUAAUUAAAUCGCACACUCAAUUUUGAUGGUUACGAAAAUGUGGCUUUGUCUGUGUUAGAAUACUGAAUGCUUUAAAUUGUUAUGUUGAUUUUGAUUACCGAAACCAAAUGAUUUUCGACAAUCUGUUGUAAUAAGUUGAUGCAGCAUGUGAUAAUCAUGUGAUCAUUGUAACACUAGUCUUCUUGUGAUGUGUCCUCAUUACAAGCCAUUAGUUGUUUGGGAUAUGGUUGUGUAAGAAUACAUAUUGGAAUUCUUAACUGUAUGGUAGUUUGGCAGUGUUAUAUUUACGGCCUUCCUACUUAACACUACCCUACAAAUAACAAAAACCACAUCUUUUGUGCAUGGGAAGUAUUAACAACUUGAAAUUAUACUGUUUUGAUUUGUGCAGAGCUUUAAAAAAAAUUCCCAUAUUUAAUCAUUGAAAACACUGCAAGAUAUCUUAUUGAUAUCAGUAUUCGAUAGAUCAAUUCAUAGGUGUAUACUACGCAUGUAAAAUAUCAAAUGAUGACACAUUUGUUGACAAGGGAUUGAUACUCCUGUAAAACUUCUAGACUAACAUCCGAUUCCUUCACAUCUACAGUGAUCGACCAGUAACACGAAAGUGAAAUCCAGAUAAUUAAGUUAUACAACUGUUGAGCGUACAGUAAAAAGAAAUCCAUUGUGAAGUUACGUCUGUGUGUUCGAGCUUCGUUCUUUAUGUGGUUACUUAAAUUUAGGUUAUACAAGAUUAUGUUUGUAGUUUUCUUUACAAGAUUAAUGAACUUUUAUUUAUUUGAAAUCUAAUGAAUGUCAAUUAUGCCAUUUUGUUGGUCGAGUGUACAUGUAUUUUGUUGGGUUUUUUUUCCAUUUUUUGUAAUAAAUGUAAUUUUAUGCCAUUUCUUGUUUCCACUUCCAGAUAUACAUGUACUUUUGUUGGUGCUUUUUGUAAUGGUUAUUUUUUGUUGUAUAUUUAUUAUGUAUUUAUUGUUAUUAUUUACACUGUAUGUUGCAGAUUAAGAUUUAAAAGAUUUGUUUAUCAGAAAUUUUAUAGCUUAUUUUUCUUUCACUCAAACCCCACCUGUUUUAUUCUUUGAUGGGCAGAAUGCACCCAAAUGUAACUGAUAGUUCUAAAAAUUUAAUUUAAUGAUAGAUAAAUGAAAUCUGUAUCAAGAUAUAUAGAUAUUCAAUUAAAAUUCACAAUUCCAUUGCAUGCCACCUUGUUACUAUUUUCGUGAUCUGAAUUAUGCAUUGCUGUCCAAGAAAUGAACUGCUUAAUUGUAAAGAAUCACUGUAUACAAAGUUAUUUUCACCCCCCCCCCCCCUUUCUACCAUUGCAAAUGGUUUUGCCCCAUUCUAAAUUCACCCCAACACAGUUGUGUUAAAAGAGAUAAGAGAAAAUGAGAAAAUGGUUUUGCCCAGUCUUAAAAUCUGCCCACUGACAAGGGCGAACAUAAGAGGGGCAAAUAUUUCACAGUAUACAGUAUUUGGGUUGUGUGUGAAUUUUUUCCCUGGCACAAUAUAAACUGCUGAUGUCUUGCCACCAGUUUACACAGUACAACUAGCCAUUGUUAGAGAUUUAUGUGUCGACAUUCCAUAGAUUGUACAUGUCAAUUGUAAUUAUGUUGCAUGAGGUCAAUUCUAAGCUCGCAUUCCUGUUGAUUGUUUUGUUUCUGUGCAGAACAUCACAAUUUUUUGUCCUCUAUCAGGAAUCAUAACUCUGCAUUACAUAUAUAAUAGCAAAAAGUUAUAUUACCAUCAAUUUUAAAAUACAAAAAUCUGUGAGACUAGUUCAUGUUCAAAUAUCAGAUUGGAAUUGAAUGUAAAAUAUUUAAUGAUAUUAAGGCUAGGUAACAUUUUCAUGUUCUGUAUUUUGUUUCCUUUUGUCUCUGAAAAAAAUUUCUGUGUUUGUUAUGGAAUAUAUAUUAUUUAUCGUUUUGGUAUUUUCUUGAUAAUAAAUAAUGUACACUUUG